CAUGUAAUGCAUCUGGUGAACCUGAACCGAGCAUAUCAUGGACAAGAAUUGGUAGUUCCAAUGUUCUCUCUGUGUCACCAUCACUAACUAUUGUACAUGUGAGCAGACCGGGGACAGCAGACAACAUGAUCCAGUAUCAAUGUACAGUCAGUAAUGGAGUGGGUACACCUGCUACGGCUACAGUUUACGUUACUGUUUUCUAUCCAGCAGUGAUUACCAAUCCAGGAAUUGAAACAUUUAACACGAAAAGUGGUGAUAUCGUCAGCUUUUUGUGUCUUGGAGACGGUAAUCCUACACCAACAACUUCCUGGACAAUGAGAGAUGGUGUCAUCGAUUGGACAUCUGUCAAUGAUCCCAGGAACGUGACCCUUGUGGUAAAAGCCUACAGCUCUGGUUGGUAUCUCUGCACCGUUGAAAAUAAAAUGAAUGCAGCUUUCAAAUGGUUUCGUCUUGUUGUAAAUGACGCCAAAUUUAGCCUCAAGUUAACAGUCACAAAUAGAGAUUGUAACAACAACCUUCAAGAAACCCUUCAACAAUUACCGUCUAAAGUAGGUGACGUGCUUGAAAAAGAUGUAUCGGAAUUGAAGGCAAUAGAAGUUAAAAGCUACAAGUGCGGUAGCCUUACUGUCUAUUUUUCUCUGGAAUUCAGUCGAAAUGUUGAUGUUAAUGAAGUUCUAUCAGUUCUAAACAACGCUGCUGUACCUGGAGUCAAAAGCUUUGGAGACUUUGCUGUUGAUCCAGAAUCAAUACGAGUGAUUCCUGAUGAUGAAAUUCCUACCGAGUUACCUACCGGUACCAAUAAAGAGCCAACGGAUAUUAAAACUUGUGUCUGCUCUUGCAAAGAUGUGUUACUUGGAUCCAUAAUCGGAGUACUUCUUCUCAUCAUUUUUAUUUUUAUCAUCUAUGUGGUAUGGCUACACAAAAGAGAAACUGCUAGGAAACCAAGAACAAACGAAGACGACGGAGGAGUAUAUGAUAACGAAUUUGCUCUGAAAGAACUCGAGCCUAGCUGCCCUGAUUCAAGUCAUUUUAUUCAGCCUCAUUCAGAAUAUAUGGAUUUACGACAAGCCAGCGCAGAUAAAACCACAAUGCCGACUGUAAGCCAAAUUGGCGAUUACGCGCCUCUUCACCCAUCAACACGUUUAUGGGAAGUUCCGAGAGAUCACGUGACAAUAGAUAAAAUCGUUGGUAAAGGUGCUUUUGGUCAGGUUGCCAAGGGAAAAGUUGUAGAACUCCGAGGGAGGCCUGGCUUGACUACAGUUGCUAUUAAAAUGCUCAAAUCUAACGCUUCCGAGUCUGACAAAAGAGAUCUCAUGAAAGAACUGGAAACAAUGAAGCAACUGAAACCACAUCCUCACGUUAUCAAACUUUUGGGAUGCGUUAUGGAAUCCGAACCGUUUUUGGUGUUAAUUGAAUAUGUCCCAUUUGGAGAUUUGUUGGGUUACCUGAGAAAGAGCCGUGGGCUGAAUGACACUUACUUCAAAGACCCGGAUAUCAAACCACAAACAAAUCUGACCUCACAGCAAUUGAUGAAGUUUGCUUGGCAAAUUGCUGAUGGAAUGAGUUACUUGUCAUCAAAAUCUAUCAUCCACCGAGACCUCGCAGCCCGUAAUGUGUUGGUUGGAGAAGAAGAAACGUGUAAAGUGACAGACUUUGGAAUGGCUAGAAAUGUGCAAGAGGAAAAUAUUUAUGAAAAGAAGACAAAGGGUCGCCUUCCAGUGAAGUGGACAGCUUAUGAGGCGCUGUUAUAUGGCAAAUAUACGACCAAAAGUGAUGUAUGGAGUUAUGGAGUUGUCCUCUACGAGAUUUUUACAAUAGGUGGUUCGCCUUAUCCACGGAUGGAUGGCAAGAAAAUUGCAAACUUACUUCAGCAGGGAUACAGAAUGCCCAAACCUCAGCACGUGGAUGAUAAGCUGUAUGAGAUAAUGAUGAAAUGCUGGCAAGAUGACCCCAAGAGGAGACCGACAUUUAUCGAUCUAAGAAAUCAGUUGAAAGGCAUGGAAACAUCACAUAAGAGGCUGAUCAACAUGAGGAUGUACGACAACAAGUUAUAUGGAAACAUUGAAGAUUUGGUCGAAUAGACAACUAGCGAAACGUCAUUAUCGUUGAUGGAAGCGUAUACUUUUAAGUUUACCCAUUUUUUAAAUUUUUUUUACUCCAUGAUACUCCCUUACACUAAGCUAUAAAAUGCGGGGUAAGAAGAAAGUAUGUAAAAAGAUGCGGCCUUUCAAAAGCCAUUGAGGUAAAUAAAUGCAUUCGAUCUUUUUGGGUUCAGAUUUGAACAACUACUGUUAAAAUUGUCACUUUUUCAUAAUCAUUUCCCGGGACAUAUUUUGGUAGUUUGUAGUGAGACAUUCAGAUGAUUUAUCACUUUAUAUAAAUAUCAGGUCUCUUUUGCCUUUCAUCAUCCAGUUUCGCGGCCACAUAGAAUUUUGAAUAUAAUGUCAAUUAUCCAGUGUCUCCUUAUUUGCUGAAAGCUCAUGCCCUGUAGGUUGACUGAUAAUAAUGCAUUUGUUACAAGAAAAUGGUUUGUAGUUGUUUCGUGCAGUGUAGUGAUAAGUGUAAUAUUAAAAUUCA